UUGAAGUUUUUUUUUUAAGAUUAAUUGCUUAAUUUUUAUUUUUAUAAUGAACAAAAACGUAUCUGAGCCAUAUUCAUUUUAUUUAGGGACUAAUGAAGAGUUUUUAACAAAAAACUAUAAUAAAAAUGAAAGGGAAUCAGUAGAAAUAAUGAAUGAUAAAAAAAAAGAGGUUAAUUUGAGGAAUUAUAGAGGGUCACCUGUAAAACAAAAUUCAUAUUUAAAUGUAGAAAGAAAUAGAAUCGAUAAAUCUAGGAGUUUUAAUAAAGAAAUUGAAAAAUCAGUAAUUUUUCCAAGAGAAUUAUGUAUUAAUAAUGAACAAUAUACACCAUAUUAUAAUGUUACAUCAGAACAAUCAUCGGCACAAAUAAAAACAUCAUCGAUGUUAAAUAAUAGAAGGUCACUUCAUCUAUACCAUACAUCAGGAGUUUGUAUGGAUUGGAAGCAACCAUUUUGUUCAUUUGAUCAAUCAAACAUAGAGAAAUCUAGUUUUUCAUAUAAUUCUAGUUCAUUUGAUUCAUAUGCAUCUAAAAUUUUACCAUUAAAUAUGCAAAAUUCAUAUUCAAUAGAUAAUAGUCUGGAUUUAAAGUCAUUAAGAUCUUUUAGUGAUUCUAUAACAGUUUCAAAUAAUUUCGAAUUACAGAAAAAAUCACUAGAAAAAUCAAUUAAAUCUAAAAAUAUCUCAGAAUUUGAACCAUUGUCAAAAAAAAAUUCAUUUUCAAACUUAUUGUCAGAUUUUUAUUCUAUAAAAUUAAAAUCGAAUCUAUCAAAAGAGAAGAAACAUUUUUUAUUUAGAAAAAUGGAUCCUCAAGGAAAACCUAUUAGCCUUUUGCAUGCAUCUACGAUAUAUUUAACUGAAAUUUUUAAAAUGUGUAAUCCAGAAUUUAACUAUGAACCAUAUAAUAAUCCUAAAAGAGUUCUUACAAAGCCUAGUAAAGGCAUAAAAAAUGACGGUUAUGAUAAUGAAGAUAAUGAUUAUAUUUUAUAUGUUAAUGAUAUAUUGGGCUCUGAUAAAGGCCAUAGAUAUUUAAUACUCGAUAUUUUGGGACAGGGUACAUUUGGGCAAGUUGUUAAGUGUAAAAAUAUGCAAACUCAAGAAAUUGUAGCGGUAAAAGUUAUAAAAAAUAAACCUGCUUAUUUUAAUCAAAGUAUAAUGGAAAUAACUAUAUUAGAUCUAUUAAACAAAAAAGUUGAUAAAUCAAGAAAACAUAAUAUUUUACAAUUAAAAGAUACCUUUAUUCAUAAAAAGCAUCUUUGCAUUGUUUCUGAACUUCUCAGUUUAAAUUUAUAUGAGCUUAUAAAACAAAAUCAAUUUAAAGGACUAAGCACGAAUUUAGUUAGGAUUUUUGCUAUUCAAAUAUUAGAUGCAAUGAUUGUUUUAAAUGAGGCAAAAAUAAUCCAUUGUGAUUUGAAACCCGAAAAUAUUCUCUUAAAUAAUUUAGAAACACCUGUAAUUAAGAUUAUUGAUUUUGGCUCAGCAUGUCAUGAAAGACAAACUAUAUAUACAUAUAUUCAAUCAAGAUUUUAUAGAAGCCCAGAGGUUUUGCUUGGCUUACCUUAUUCAUCUUCAAUUGAUAUAUGGUCUUUUGGUUGUAUCGUAGCUGAAUUAUUUCUUGGUCUUCCUCUUUUUCCUGGCACAUCUGAAUAUAACCAAAUAUUUAGAAUUGUAGAAAUGCUAGGAAUGCCACCCAUCUGGAUGAUAGAAAUGGGAAAACAAUCAAGCGAUUUUUUUGACAAAAUUGUUGAUGACACCGGUCUUAAAAUUUAUUGUUUAAAAACUAUGGAACAAUAUGCUAAAGAACGUAACACUAUAGAAGUACCAAAUAAAAAAUAUUUUUCUGCUUCUACUUUACCAGAAAUCGUAAAAACAUAUCCUAUGCAAAAAAAAUUCUCAAAAUCUGAUAUAGAUAAUGAAUUAGCAUUACGUAUAAUUUUAAUCGAUUUUUUAACUGGUUUAUUAAAUAUCAAUCCUUUAGAACGCUGGUCGCCUCAACAAGCUAAAAUGCAUCCAUUUAUAUUAGGAAACGACUUUUCAAAAAAUUAUACCCCUUCUUCUUCUUUCAAUUUAAAAUCACCUACAAAAUCUCCUACAAAAUCUUCUAAAAAUAUUCUAAAUACUAAUCAUUUAAACACUAAUCAUUCAGAUUUUCUUCUACAUUUUCCAGAAUACCCUCAAAAUACUAAUAAUAAUAGGAAUUCUAAAACAUAUUCUAUUCAUGCAUCUGGAUCAUAUACAAAUUAAUUCUUAUAUUUAAAUAUUUAACAUAAUUAUUUAAAUCAAAC